CUCAUCUCAUAUUUAUCUCUGAUACUCAUACUUAAUUAUUUGUAGCUGAAUGGUAAACUAGAUAUAACUCAGUAAUCUUAAGUUGUAGAGUCAUAGUAAGUACGUAUAUAGUUACAAAAAAAUCCGUUAAGACGGCACUGAAGCUCAUUAAUCUAAUUUUAUCACGUGUAGGUUGAGUAGAUAACAGCUAUCAGUAUUUAGUACGUAAUAAUUUUUGUUUAUAAAAUGCAAUUAUCCUUUAAAAUUUAAUUUAGUUGAACUUUGUUUUUACCUUUAAGUAUAAACACGACGAUUCCUGAAUAUAAGGUAAACUAAUUUAAUAUUCAUUAAGCCAAUAAUUUAGUAAUACUUUAAAGUUAUAUACAAAAUGGAACAGUUUUUUGCAUAUCAAAAAGAUAGUCGAACACCAUGUAAAUAUGGUAGAAAAUGCUUUCAAAAAAGUAAAGAACAUCUAGAUAAAUACAAACAUCCGCCAACUAAAGUAAGAUAUGAGAUAAAUUAAUAUUUUUAUUAUAUUUUAAAAUAUGUUAUGUGGUUAUAGGAUGAUAUUAAAAUAGAUACUAAGAAAACAACUAGAAAAAGGGAUUCCAAAGGAAAAGUAAAAUUUAAUAAUGGUGAAUCAUCCAGUGUUAAUCACAGAAAUGAUUCACAUAUUGAAAAUCAAGGUAGUCAUGGUAUGUAAUAGUUGUAUGCACUAUAAUAUGUAACUGGCAAUCCGGUUAUACUUUUGUUGACGAAAAGUGUUCUAAUUUAAUGAAUAUCUCCUUUACUCCAUUCAAAAUCUAAAGUACUAAAUUAUUCAUACAAUAAACUAUGAAUAAAUAUAUAAUAAAUAUUAAUUUUGGUUCUUCUUUUCUUUUGCCUUCAUCCCAACCAAUUGUGAUUGGCCACUCUCGUUCUAAACUUUCACUUGAUCAGAUCCCGCACCUCGCACACACUAGCUGUCCUCUUAUUCUCAACCGUAUCCAACCCUUUUUCUCCAUAGCUUUCUUUUUAUGUUUAUUUUCAUUACAAUUUUUAUUGUUUCAGAUUCCUCUCUCUCUGUGACAUCUCCAAACCAUCUCACUCUAUUUUCUCUCAUUUUGUCUUAUCAAAGUCAUACCUAAGCCACCUCUUAUGUACUUGCUCCUUAUCCUAUUUUCUUUCGUCAUUUCUUUCAUCCUAAGUAUUCUUAUUUCUGCUACACUUAUUCUCUGUUCUAUGUUUCUGUUUAACGCCCAACACUAUGAACCAUACAACAUAGUCUUGCUUCAUUUUUGUAGAACUUAACUUUAAGUCUUAUUGGAAAUCCCUUGUUACAUAAUUUCCUGACAGUUUUUCCCACUUUAUUCAACCACAUAAGAUUUUACAACUUCAUGAAAGCCACCGUUCUUUUGAAGAAAAGAUCCUAGGUACUUAAAACUCUCAACCUUGCUUAUAAUCGCUUAUUUUCGUUAGCUGUCUUGUCCUGUUCUUCCAAACUCAUACUUAGUUCACUUCUACUUAUUCUUAGUCCCUUUCCUUCUACUUACCAUUCUUUAAACCUAUUGUUAACUUAUACCAUAUUUUCUCUUAUUAAAGCUAUAUCAUAUACCAUGGUAACUCCUCUACAUUUUGUUCUUGCGCACAUUCAAGAUGGAACAAUCAGCCAAAGUCUUGUUUAGAACACCUCAGACUGUUUGAAAGAAUUUUUCAUAGAUUAUCAACCUGGCACAAUCACAUUUAUCGCCUCAUACGACAGAUAAUAGUACCACGGGAGUAUUCUAAUCCUCUCCCAUAGGGGAAAUAUAAAAAAAAAUUAAUUCCUAAAAAUCAUACAUUUUACAAUUUUAUCUAUUCAUGUUGUAUUCAAUAACUUGAUAAUAUUUUUCCUGCAACAUAACAAUAAUAUAUUUGGUAGAAACAACUUGUAUUCAGUAAUAGUUCAAGUUUAACUUUUUUUUACAUGAUAACUCGGGAAAUAUACGCGGUUAAUAUUGUAGUAAACUCCAAUAGUUGAUGCCUUGACAAUGAAUUUAAAAAUAGGUUUAAACAAUAGUAUUACUUGUUAUUACUAUACAAUUCUUUUGAAUACUCAAGUAUGUGCAAUGUGUAGGUAUAUUAUAUUAUAUAGUAGUUUUUUUUAACAUUUACUCAUAAAUAAGUGUCAUAUACGAAUAAUUUACUUCAAAACAAUUUUUGCAUUUCCUAAUUUGAUAUUAAUAGUGAAUAAUGAUUUGUGUAUAAAUAGUUUUAAAAAUUUUUUUUUUAUGUAAACAAAAGAUAUGGAAGUGCCUGAACAAUCAAAUACUACUGUUAAUAAUGUUGCUAAUGAGACAGGUGGUAAUAAUUUUAUAAAUGAGCAACACAAUUCGACUGAGUAUGUUAUACCAUCAGCAAGAUUGCGUACUCAACAACAGCAACAAUUAUUAUUAGUAAGUAUAAAAAAUUACAACAAUGGAAUUUCAAAAACAAUUUAUCUUGGUAUUACUUGAAAAUGAUAAAUUAAGGGGUUUUAAUUCUUUUUCUUUUUAUAAGCUAUUUGAACUAUUUAUUUUUUUUAUUAUUUAUGUUUUUAAAAUUAAUUUUAUUUAAUUACUAAAUUUUUAAAAUAUUAAAAGUUGUAUUACAAAUACUUGUUUUAGACAAAUACUACUUUAGAAGAUUGCAGUGGUGAUGAUAGUAUUGUUCCAUGCACUCCAACAUUGUUUACACCUCGGCGAUUAGAUGGUGAGACUAUUAGUUCACCACAUGUACCUUCUAGCUUUCAAGCACCACAAUUUACAUUCAUUGGUGAAUCUCAAAUUUCCGGUAAUUUUAAAAAUAACUAUUUUUUUAUAACAUAUUCUGUAUUUGAAUUAUCCCAACCAAAUUUCCUAAAUAACAUUUUUGUCUCGUAUUUUGUAUCAUCCACCUUGUCCAACUUUCAUGUCCCUUAUUUCUUGAAUUUUAUAAUUUCAAUUUGAAAUGAAAAUACUAUAUUUUAUUUGCAAAAUAAAUUGAGAUUAAUUAUUACAAUUUUAAUUUUAUCUAUAUAUUUUAUUUAUUUUGAAAUACAAGUAUUGAAUAGUGGGCUCCACUAAGAGAACUUAUGUGGGAGCUCAGGAGUUCUUAUACUUAAAGCAGUUAAGCUAUUUAUUUAACAACAACAACAAAAAAAAAUAAAACUAAUCAUAAAGAUACAUUAUUUAAAUAAUACAAAUAAAUAGAGCGAUAAAAAAAGGAAAACUAAGCACACGAUAAUUUAAAAUUAUGUGAAGCUAUUUUUAAGAAUAAGAAAUACAAAUCACAUAAUUUAUAUUAACAAUUAACUAACAAAUUAACCACUUCUAUAAUGUAUCAUUAAAGUCUAAUAACCAAAGUAAAUUAUAUUUUAAAAUUGUGUAAAUGAAAAAUAUCCAAUAUCAGUAGGUAUUUUAUUAAAUAGCUUGGUGCCCAUUAUUAGAAUCAAGUUAAUCGCACAUAACUACGUGAUAUGAGAUUCAGUAAUAUCACUGAAGACAAAUUAUGAAGUUCUAAAUUUAAUUUUUUAAUUUGUCGUCAUGUAAUUUCCUUUAUUUGUAUUGGUGUGGGGAGGUACUUCAAGGAUUAUUUCAUCAAAUGCGAAAAACAGAAAAAUGUAUAAAAUAUAAUAAAUAUAAUCUUACAAUUUUUUUUUUCUGUGAACAACUUUUCUAUUAGCAAUUUUGCUCCAACUUUUAAUGAUAGCAAUGUAUCUAGAAAGACGUUUCGUUACUUUAGAGAGGUAAUUUUUUGAUUUUCUCAAUAGUUUUCCCAGUUAUUGUGAAAAACAUGGAAAAACUUAGGAAAACUGGGAAAAUCAGUACAACAUUAAACUAAUUUUAUUAUAGAAAAUAUAUAAAGCUUUUUUAAUUAUUUUAUUAUAAAAUCACAUAUAAAUUGUUGACAAAGCAUCACUAUCAAGUGAACUUCGCUCAGAAUUGUUUUUUCGUAAAUAAUGGUUAAUCAUUGCUUACAAAUAUACAUUAAAUUCCCAUCUAUAUCCUAACUUCCUAACUUCUCACCUAUACCUGUGGCUGCAUCUGUCCCCAAUAUCUUACCUAUCUUUUUUUAUAAAUUGUUUUAAAUAUUUUGUUAGAUGUAAAUGAAGAACUAUCAGAUCCAGAUGAUACUGAACUAAAUGAAGUUACAGUUCUUUCUGCUACCGAUGUUGUUUCUUGGAAUGCACAGAUUUCUAAAUUAUUUCUCGUUGGUGAAAUGCCAAAAGAAUUUUACGAGUUAUGGACUUUUUGUAAAAAACUAUGUCCUGCCCAUCCAGAAGGUUUUUUACACUCUGUAUUUAGCAAUAAAUUAUUAUUAAAAAUAAUAAUAAUUUUUUUUAUCUAGAUGCAUUUUUACCAGUUGGAUUGAAAUUAGUUGGACCUUAUGACGUGUUAGCUGGACAUAUGAAUGCAUUUGAUCCUAAAUAUUUAGAAAAAGGUUUUUUACAUUGGCGUUAUUACUAUGAUCCUCCAGAGUUUCAAGUAAGUGAACUUUAUUAUGACCAAAAUUUAAUGUUAUUCAAAAAUAUAUCUCGUUUGUUAUGAAUAAAUAGUUCCUUUUUAAAUAUUCUUAGUGAAGUUUAUUGUCUCCAAAGAAGAUUUUUGUUAAAUAUUGUAUGAUGCGUUAAAAUUUAUUAUUUAAUAUUAUUGUAUUGACUAUGAAAAUUCAAUACUAAUAAUUCUCAAAAUUUAAUUACUUUAUGAUACCAAUCUAUAAUAAUUUGCUUUAAAUAAAUGUUCUUUCAUGAGUGCUUAGAGCAGACCAAUUAAGUAACACAACUUUAUUAUGUAAACUCUGGAAAAAUAAUUGAGGCUAUUUUAAAAAUUAACUUACAAUGAAUAAUGAUGAUAAUCAGAGCUCGAGACUAUGCAUUUAAAAUCCACAGAAAAAAGCAUAAAAAUAUCUAAAGUUCUAAAAUAAUAUAUAUAAAAAGCGAAAAUCACUGGGUUCAGAGGGGUUUAAAAUUUCCACCACCGUCCACCAUAACUAUAAGAUGCAAUUUUUUAACACUAUAAAAACACACAGUAUUUUAUAACUACAAUUUUUUUUUCAAACUUAUGUUUAUCAUUUUUGUAGUAUUUGAAAAUUGUAUUUUAAAAGUUAGAGCUCUUAGUGGAGGAACUUUUUAAAACAUAUUUUAAUUAAUACUAUAAUUUGUUUGUUUUUUUUAAGUUCCUUAUCAAGGCUCUUUUGAUGUUUUUGAUCCCUUUUUUGUGGAUUUUAAGUGCAUAAAGUUCCAAGCCCUGAUGAUGAUUUAUACUACUCGCUAAAAAGUAAAUUCAUAUGGGCGUGUAUGGUCCAAAGAUAAUGCAUUGUUUAAGAAUGUGCAUUUAUCCUAUAUAUAUUUAUGCGUUAUUUAAACCCAUAAUCGUACAUCUAAAACAAUCUAUUUAUUUAGUGUUUAUUUUCUGGUAAUAAAAUAAAAUUUGACUCAUAUAAGUCUAAAUAGUUAUCUAUAUUUUUAUAUAUAUGAUGUUCAGGUAAAUGUUUCAAUAACUUUUUAGAAAGUUAGGUUUAAAUAUAUCUAUUACUUUAUAAUAAUGUUUAUUUUUUUUCCAGACAAUUAUAGCAAGUACUAAUUCUCAAUUUCAUAUUGGUUACUAUAGAGAUCAACCAUUAGAAGAUCCAGUUUAUAUUGUUUCUAAUGAUCCAGAAAAAAACUGUAUAAUUGAAUCAUUAGGUCUAAGUGUUUUUUCUGUACUACGGUAAAUUUUUAGAUUAAAAUAAAAUUUAAUUCUUAUUAUUCAAGUACUUUUAUUUUAAAUGUUUUUUUUAGAAAGUAUUUUGAUAAAUUCAAAGAAGAUGUUGCACUUUCAAUUAGUAAAAAAUUGAUUUCAGUAGAAACUCGAGGACUUUUAAACAUUUUAAAAGGUCGAAAAGUAAAACCAGUGGCAAAAACAUUUCACCGAUUUGGAGUUGUUGUUCCAUAUGAUAAAAAGACUGAUGUUGGUUAUCGACCUUUAUCAGAAUCUGAAAGUAUGUUGUUUAGAAAUUGUAUUAUUGUUAUUAUCUUACAUUAUUAUUUAUUUAGGAACUUUACAAAGAAUUUUAAAAUCUUACCGUGAAGCAAAUGAAAGUAAAAAAUUUGACAAAAGGGAUAAAUUACAGACUAUUAUAAAUUAUGCUAAUAUAGCUUGUGAUGAAUGUGACUUUGGUACAGGACUUGAGUUAGGCAUUGAUAUUUUUUGUGAUGGAAAUCCUGAACUUCAUGGUAUCUGUAAACAACUCUUGGUUACUGUUUACAAUUUGCUCAGAAGACCUCAAUUUGGAACUAUAAUUAAGGUAAUUAUAAUUAUACAAUAAUAAAUUCUAUUUAAAUUAUUAUUCAGAAAUUAGUCAACUACAAUUUCCACUUAUUGUGCAUUAUCAAUUAAUAUUCCAAUUAAAUUAUGUAUUCAUUUUAUAUUAGAUAUUACAUCAUGUAGAUUUAUCUUUUAUAUGUAUUACAAUCCUAUAGUUAGAUGUGUUACCAAAACAGCCGAGCAUCUGCGACAUAAACUAGAUAUUGAUAAAAUGUAUGUAUCAAUGGUCAUUAAUGGUCUUACUUGGAUAUUGGCUGUAACUAAAAUAGUUUUUUUUUUCCCAACAUCUUAUUAUAAAUCUUAAUUUUUUGAUUUAGUAAUUUUGUAUCCUUACCUUUUGGUUUUUUGAGCCAUUUUUAAUAUUUUUAAGGGUAAAAAUAUCUUGAUAUUUUUCAGAGCCACCUGGACAACAGAAGAAAAGGUUCAAAUAUGAGUAUACUGUAAAUCCUAUAUUACCAAUAAGUAUUUGUCAUAAAUUUUAUUUUUCCUAAUUUAAGAAAUACAUGGAAUGGUACUUCUUUUAAUAAAUCAUUCAUUUCAAAAUUAACCUAAAUUAAAUCUUAUAAAAUAAAAAUUACAAAUUUAUUUAUAGUUAUUAAUUAAUUUUAUACUGUUUGGAAAUAUAAUUCAUAAUGCAAUUAUUUAUAUUGAAAAAUGUAUUAUUACAUAAGUUAUAUGUAUUUUUUAACUAAACAAAUUAAAUCUAUCUAAUUUACACAAUAUCUAUACAGAAAAUAUUACUCCAGUGUUGUGUGUGUGGAUAUAAUAAUACAUCUAUACAAAAACUUUCUGAGGUUGAGUAAAUUUUAACAAUAUCAAAUAUUUUUAGUAUAAGUACCACAAAUUAAGAUCAUUAGGCAUCAAUUAGUCAUCUUUAUUAAUAAAAGAUUAAGACACACAAGCUUGUAGAGCUUGUGUAAUUAUUACUGCAUUCUGAAUAAGAAACUAGUAGAGUAUGUGCAUAUAAAACAUAAAAACCCAUGCUAAAUACACCCCAAUAUUCCAUAAUACAGAACAUGAGCAGUCCUAUGGAAAACUAUUAAUCAAAAUACAUAAAAGCAUAAUUUAUUUUACUUUUGUGCAUUUCAAAAUUUAACAUUUCCCUUUGAAAAAUUUGGAGUUUGUUAAAGUAAAGUGUAAUUAUUGAUCUUUCAAGUAGUUUUAAUAAUAAUUAGGAAAAAACGUGCAAAGUAUGUUUGUCUAUUUUUAUUUAUAAUUUAAAUAUAAAAUUUUGAUGAAAAUUGUAAAUAUUACAUACUUAAAAUAUAUAACUGAGCUUUACUCUGAAACGUUUUUCAUUAAUCAUUAGCAAUAAUCAAU